GAUCUUUUCUCAGACUCAGAAAAAAAACGCUAUUCCCGGAUUUAUCUAUCUGGAUAGACUCCUGUCGGUGUCUAUUUGUGUCUGUAUGAUAUAACAUUUCCAUGCGAGAGCGACUAGGAUUAUGAUUUAUGUCGUGUAGCUUGGAUCUGUCGUCGAUAUUGUGUAAAAAUAACGUUUAAUGCGCUUUUCUCCUCGAGCUCCAUAGCAGCUGACGCAGAGCGGAAGAAUGACCAAGGAGGACGAGAAGGCCAUUCCCGUGAGGGUUGCGUUGAGAUGCAGACCCCUGGUGCCCAAAGAGAUCAAUGAGGGAUGCCAGUGCUGCCUUAAUUUUGUACCCAGUGAACCUCAGGUGAUUGUUGGCAACGACAAGGCGUUCACCUUUGAUUAUGUGUUUGACCCCACAACAGAACAGGAGGAAGUUUUCAACACUGCUGUGUCUCCUUUAUUAUCUGGACUUUUUAAAGGUUAUCACGCCACUGUUCUGGCCUAUGGGCAGACGGGGUCAGGCAAGACGUUCUCUAUGGGCGGCACAUACACGUCCGAACAGGAGAACGAGCCCACAGUCGGGGUAAUCCCUCGAGUGAUACGACGAAUCUUCCAGGAGAAAGCUAAACGCACAGACUGUGAAUUUGUGCUAGCUGUAUCUUACCUCGAGAUUUACAAUGAAGAGAUACUGGACCUGCUGUGCACAUCAAAGGACAAACCUGUGAUCAGCAUCAGAGAGGAUCCUAAAGAUGGCAUCAAGAUUGUAGGACUAACAGAGAGGGACGUGUUGAACGCUCAUGAGAUGGUGUGUUGUCUUGAGCUGGGGAACUCUGCAAGAACAGUAGGCUCAACAGCCAUGAACGCGGCCUCGUCCCGCUCGCACGCCAUCUUUACUAUAUCACUGGAGCAGCGGCGCAACGGAGACAAGACGGAUGUCAUGGUCUCCAAACUGCACUUGGUGGAUCUUGCUGGAUCCGAGAGACAAAAAAAGACCAAAGCAGAGGGAGAUCGACUGAAAGAGGGAAUCAGCAUCAACCGUGGUCUGCUGUCUCUGGGGAAUGUGAUCAGCGCUCUGGGGGAUGAAAGCAAGAAGGGCAGCUUUGUGCCGUACAGGGACUCCAAAUUAACACGACUCUUACAGGACUCUCUCGGAGGAAACAGCCACACCUUGAUGAUCGCGUGUGUGAGUCCAGCAGACUCUAACAUCGAGGAGACCAUCAACACGCUGCGUUAUGCCGACCGUGCACGAAAAAUCAAGAACAAGCCGGUCCUCAAUGUUGACCCACGAGCAGCAGAGAUGAAGAGACUCAAACAGCAGGUUCAAGAGCUGCAGGUGAUGCUCCUUCAUGCUCGUGGUGGUGUGGCUCCUGUGCUGAGCGGGUCUGAGCCAGCGGAGAACGUGUCGAAGGUCCUGGAGCAGAACCGCAGUCUGCAAGAUCAGAACAGCAAACUGAGCCGAGAGCUGAGCGAGGCGGUGGGACAGACGGCCGCCAUGUUUGAAAGGAUGCUCAUGAUGGAGCAGACCAAUGAGAAACUGCAAAGUAAACUGGAUGAGCUGAGGCAGCAUGCAGCGUGUAAAGUGGACUUGCAGAGGCUGGUGGAGACUCUGGAGGAUCAGGAGCUGAAGGAGAACGUGGAGGUGAUCCAGAACCUCCAGCAGAUCAUCCUAGAACUGCAGAGGGAGAGUGCCGGGAUUGCUGCCACCAUUGAUGCCAUCACAUCAGGCAAUGCUUCAUCUCUGGAGGCGGCUGCGCACUGUUCCCCGUCUGCUGCCGGAGCACAGGCUGACAUCUGUCCAGGACAGGACGGUGCUGUUCCUGAAGCUAAAGACUCUCCUGAAGCAUACACGGCCCAGCAUGCACUGCGGCAGGCUCAGAUGUCAAAAGAGCUGAUUGAGCUCAAUAAAGUGUUGGCUCUGAAAGAGGCUUUUGUCAAGAAGAUGUGUCAGAAUGACAGCCAUUUGGAGCCCAUGCAAACACAGUACCAGGAGAGCAUUCAGAGUCUGCAGGCUGCGGUCGGCUCUCUGCAGAAGGAGAAGGAGGAUCUCAUCCAGACUCUGCAGUCCGCCAAGAAGGACACCAAUCAGGCCAAACUGAGCGAGCAGCGCAGGAAGAGGCUUCAGGAGCUUGAAGGACAAAUGACGGAGUUAAAGAAGAAACUGCAGGAUCAGUCCAAGCUGCUGAAACUGAAGGAGUCGUCUGUGCGCAAUGUGGCCAAACUCAACCAGGAGAUUCAGGCCAUGAAGUCUCAGCGGGUGCAGCUCAUGAGGCAGAUGAAGGAUGACUCAGAGAAAUUUCGCUUGUGGAAACAGAAAAAAGAUAAAGAAGUCCUGCAGCUCAAAGAAAAAGAUCGUAAACGCCAGUAUGAGAUGCUAAAACUGGAGCGAGAUUUUCAGAAACAGGCCAGCGUGCUUCGCCGCAAGACAGAAGAGGCUGCUGCUGCUAACAAGCGUCUGAAAGAUGCUCUUCAGAAGAGGAGUGAAGUUGCAGAGAAACGUAAAGACGUCCAGAACCGAGGAGCAGAGAGUGUUACUAACAGAGUCAAGAACUGGCUGCUGAAUGAGAUUGAGGUGCUGGUGAGCACAGAGGAGGCCCGGCGGCACCUACAGGACCUGCUUGAGGACAGGAAGAUGCUGGCGGAGGAGAUCUCACAGCUUCGCCAGCAGAUGGAGGCAGGAGAGAAACCGGUGUCUAAAGUCCGGCGUCGCACCCUGACCAUUUCUGAGUUGGAGGGUAAGUGUGAGCUGGAGGCGUCCAUCAGUAAACAAGUGGAGAGUCUGGACACAGAGAUGGCCCUCAGGAGCGCUCAGAUCGCAGACCUGCAGCAGAAAGUUCUGGAUGCGGAUAAUGAGGGCCGGAUGAAGCAGCGCUGGGAUUCGAUCACAACCAUCAUAGAGGCCAAGAGCGCCCUGAAGAUCCUCAUGGCGGAGGUUGUUGCAUCUAAGACGUCUAAUGCGAAGCAGGAGAGCGAGCUGCAGCAGGAGAAAGCCAACCUGCUGGACAUGCAGAAGGUGUUGUGUGACGAGCGCAAACUGAUGUCAGCCAUGGACAUGGAGCACCAGAGUCACCUGGUGGAGAUGGAGCAGAGACACCAGGAGAAGGUGCUGUAUCUCCUCGGGCAGCUUCAGAAUAAACCGGUGGCACAGGAAGAGCAGCAGGAGCUGGUGUCCAAACGCGAGCAGGAGCUGCUGCAGAGACUCCAGUUUCAGGAAGAGGAAAUCGAAAAACUGCGAGAACUGAGUGAUCAGAACCAGAAGCUGAAGGAAGAGAAUGAGCAGUUCAAGCAGAAGUUACAUCUGGCGCAGCUGACCAGCGCCAAGAAAGUGCUGUCUGCCGUCAACGAGUCGCCGGACACGUCUUUCGAGUACAUUCCACCAAAGCCCAAGGCUAAGUCGCACUCGACGGCUCGCGCGCGGCAGCAGGAACCCAUAGAUCUGGAUGAGCUCAUCUCUCCAUCAGACUCCGAGAAAGAGGAGGACGAGUGGCGUCCAGAGAAGACCGAAAAAACACGGAGAGGGUCCAAGAAGGCCAAGCUGAACGGCUGUGCGUGCCGGGGCCGCUGUGUGAAUAAACUCUGCCGCUGCCGCAAGGGAAAGAUGACCUGUGGGGAAAAUUGCCUGUGUGACCAUGGGAAGUGUCGAAACAUGGAGAACCGCAGCAGUAUGGAUCUGAGCGAAACCACUGACGUGUUUAAAGACUCCUCUGUCCUGCCUGAAGACCCCACAGCCGUCAGCUCCAGAGACGCCACUUUCUUCACUCCGCCCUGCGUCCCGCCCACUAAAAAGGAGAUUGGAGAAGUCUGGCAGCUGCCGGCGGACCUGAAGCUGGAGAAAAAGCCUGUUCCUGCAGAAAACGAGAGAGAAAGCGACAGCGAGGACUCUGAAGGUAUGAACAGCACCAGCAGCUUCCUCCGCAGGAACAAGAGAGGCCUGAGCAACUUCAAAAACAGCUUCUUCUCCGGCUGCACACCCAUACGCGAAGAGCAUUAGCACGUUAGCAUGUGUCGUCUCAUCCUUGUCUUCUUUCUAUGUGAUUUUUAAAGGGUUAGUUCACCCAAAAGUGAACAUUUACUCACUAUUUACCCUCCCUCAAGUUCUCAUAAACCUUUUAGGACUAUUCUGUUCGACACAAAAGAAGAUAUUUUGAAGAAUGUUGGAAACCUGGAACCGUUGACUUGAAUAGUAGGAAAAACAUACUUUAGAAGUCAAUGGUUACCGGUUUUCAGCGUUCUUCAAAAUAUCUUCCUUAUUCUGUUCAACACAAAAAGAGAUUUUGAAGAAUGUUAAAACCGGUAUCCAUUGACUUCCAUUGUAGGAAAAAAAAAUACAAUUUAAGUCAAUGGUUACAAUUUUUCAGUAUUCUUAAAUUAUUUUUCUUAUUCUGUUCAACAAAAAAGAUAUUUUGAAGAAUGUUUGAAACCUGUAACCAUCGACUUGCAUAGUAUUUUUUUUUCCCUACAAUGGAAGUCAAUGGUUACCGAUUUUCUUCAAAAGUAUCUUCCUUAUUCUGUUUAACACAAGAAGAUAUUUUGAAGAAUGUUGGAAACCUGUAACCAUUGACUUGCAUAGUAUUUGUUUUUCCUACUAUGGAAUUUAAUGGUUACCAGUUUUCUUCAAAAGGAUCUUUUAUUGUUUAACACAAAGAUAUUUUGAAGAAUGUUGGAAACCUGUAACCAUUGACUUGCAUAGUAGGAAAACACAAGUACUUUGGAAGUCGAUAGUUACCUGUUUUCAGCAUUCUUCAAAAAUAGCACUGCACAAAAUAUGUUCUUGAACAAUGCUAAAAACUGGUAACCAUUGACUUUCAUAGUAGGAAAAGCAAAUGGUAUGGAAGUCAAUGGUUACUGGUUUUCAGCAUUCUUCAAAAGAAUGCUAAAAAAAACAGUAAUCAUUGACUUUCAUACUAUUUGCUUUUCCUACUAUGUUUACAGGUUUCUAACAUUCUUCAAAAUAUCUUCUUUUGUGUUUAACAGAAUAAAGAAACUCAUGAAGGUUUAUAAUAAUGUGAGGGAGAGUGAAUAGUGUGUACAUGUUCAUUAUUGGGUGACCUGCCCCUUUAAGUGUAUACAUGUGUGUGUUGAUUGGCUAGUUGUAACAUAGUUUCCGGAGUCGGCCAUUUGAUUGGUUAAUGCACUAAUAAUAUGAACUGCACACGUUACAGAUGGUUUUAUAGACUUUUAAACAAUCUGGCUGGAUGAUGUUGGAAAGUCAUGGUUGUAGAUGCUAUUCCUAUUAAAAUCAAGUGACUUAAAUAAAUGCUUUAUUUUAUUUUUGGUGCU